AGAACGGCGUUUGUACUCUCGAACCCCUCGGGUCGCCAAAAUCCCGGCUCGUUUUGUACGACAAUUCCUCCGUUUCGAGUCGCUUUUUUACUUCUGGACUUUCUAAUUUUCGUUUUUCGACCAAAUUCUUCGAUCCGCCGGAUUUGAGACGGGCCGGUUUACCGUGUCGGAGGCAGCCGGUUUUUUCGCUUUAUCGAACCCAACUCUCGCGCCAUCUACGUUUUGAACAAAGAAGGGAGUCGUGUGUCUUGCAGACUUGCAGUGCGUUAGUCGGAGAGUGAAUCCCGAACGUUUUACCCCUUAUAAAUAACUUCAGUAGAUCUCCAGAAAAAAGAAAAGAGGCCCGCUUCUUUUUAUUUUAUUUUCAGUCAGGAACGACGUCUUUUUUAAUUCCCCCCAAAUAUUAAUUGAAGAUGAGUUCGAAAGAAAACAACUCGGAAGUAGCCGUGGAGAAGGCGACGCCGGAAAACAACGACAAAGCGGGCACAGACGGAGUAAAAGGGACCAAAAGGCCCGCUGAGGACAAGAGCGAGGACGUGAAGAAGGCGAAGAAGGAGGAGGAGAACGGAGAGGGCGAAGUCAUCGAGGAGAUCCUCGACGAAGAAGAAGAAGAAGAGGUCGAAGGCGAGGAAGAUGAGAUGGAUCGACUGAGCGAAGCAGACGAAUUAGAUGACGAGGAGGAGGACGUGGACGAUGAGGAAUCCGCGUAAUGUCAACGAGAGUGAGAGAUAAAUGAGAGUGAGUGAGAGUGGUUUUGGGCCCGUGAUCGGUUACCCAGCGAUAACGGACAAUUUGCUGUGUACCCCAUCACCUGGUAUCCAAACUUCAACACCGCAAUACACACAAGUUUUUAUUUAAUAAUACGAACACUUUGUUUUCCUUUUGUUUUUUUAAAAAAAUGGAUAAAAGAAAACUCAAAACGCCCUGCGACCCUAGGCGUUGUUUUCUUUGUAACUUUGUAUAAAAAUAUAUAAAAAAAAAUUAAAAAAGAAAAAAAAUAGUUUAUAAGAAUUUAAGGUAUUCUCUCUGGUUAAUAAUAUAUAGAAUGGAAUUGAUAUGACCAUGUAUUAAUUAAAAUGAACUGUACAAAUAUUUAAAUGAAUUUUACUAUUAAGUAUGGUUUUUUAUUUUUUGUUUUAAUUAUUUUUCUUUUUUUUUAUAAUUUUAAUUCUUUUGUCGUCCGCAUGUUGUGGAUUACUUGGACUAAAAAUAAGACUUAGAUUGAUCUGGUGAUGAGUGCUACUUAAAUAUAAAAAUCAAACCUGAAACAUUUUGGUUUAGAAUAAAAAGGAAAUCAGACACUAAAAUGAAUAUUAAAUUCAUAUAUUUUAAGACCAAGGAAUUUCACAACUGUUGACUCUUAGAAUGUCAAAAAAAAAACUCAUUCCAUAGAAAGAAAAAUUUUGUAAAAAUCUUUUUUUUUAAAUACCCAAUGUUAAUAAAAAAAAAAAGCGUUGUUUCAUGCUUAGAUGAUCAAAUUUCAUAUAAAAGGCAGGUCCAUAAGUACAAGAAAAGUUGUAGCAUAUAAACUUGUAAUUGGAGUGACUAAAGUGGAUUAGUUUUUAGUUAAAAUUUUGUGGUUGUAUUAUUAAUUCUCAUAUCUUGAAAAUUCCCAUCCAUAUUUUCCGAUUGAAAAGAAGAAAAAAAGAGAAAGAAUUAUCCCUCGCUGUCCUCUUUUCUUUCGUUUACUGGCUUUGUUAUAUUGCAUUUAUAUUGAAUAAAAUAAACCGGGAGUCAAGAAGACAGUGAUUGUA